AAAUCCAGUAAUUUAUGUUUGCUAUUGUUCAAACAAAGGAAGACAUCACAUGAAUCAUCUUGACAAACCAGUAGUAGUUAAUUCAGUAAUGUACACAUUAGAAUUGUGCUCACGAAUGUAAUUGCUGCAUGUAUGUUUGUAUCACUAAACAAUAAUGACGGGAAAAACUUUAUAAAACAGUGGAAAAUAUCUUUUAAGCUCAUUUCCAACAAGGAAGGAUUAAGAAUAGACUUAGUGCCUCCCGUUGAAUAUUUUGCGUUUUAUGGGGAUAUAGUAGAAUUUCAUUCCACCUAUAUUUUUGGUCCUAUAUUGUAUUGUCAGUAAAAAUGAAACUCACUAGUUUUCUUCUAGUUGGGAUGGCUAUGGUGUCAGCAGAGUUUUAUAGUUCCCGCUAUGACGAUUUUGAUGUCAAGCCAUUAGUGGAAAAUGAUCGAAUUUUACAAAGCUACACCAAUUGCUUUCUUGACAAAGGACCGUGUACCCCAGAUGCCAAGGAAUUUAAAAAAGUGAUACCCGAAGCUCUGGAAACAACUUGCGGGAAAUGCUCGCCAAAACAAAAGCAGUUGAUUAAGACAGUGAUUAAAGCUGUUAUCGAACGCCAUCCCGAAGCGUGGGAGGAGCUUGUCAACAAAUAUGACAAGGACAGAAAAUUUAGACCAUCUUUCGAUAAAUUCAUUAACGAAGACGACUAACUUUAGCGGCUUGGCUCUGCCCCUGGCAUUGGUGAGAUCCAUGAGCAACGGUAACAACUCACCAUCAGGUGGGCCGUAUGACUACAGGGGCAAUAAAUAAAAAAUUCUUAGUUUAGUCGUAAUUGAGUAAAACUUUAGAUAUUUUAAGUUCAAUUAAUUAAGACUCAUACAUAGCAUGUUUUGUCAGAUUUUCAUAGAUCAUAGAUUUAAAUAAAAAAGCCUUUGUCUUAGACCUACCUCGUGCUUAAUAAUUUUUUUCAUAACUUUCAUAAUGAUGAUUGCUGGUGUCUUUCGGUUUCAAACGAAAGCCCUAAACGUUUUUAGAUCGUAUUUUUGUAUUUGUAUGUUUUCACACUUUAUUUUUGUAAUUAAAAGUAAAAGUUAAAAGAGGAAUAGUUGAAAAAUGUUUUAUUAAAGAAAAUCCAAUUAAAGCUUUUGUUACUAAUACUAUGUCAUUAAA